CACUAGCGUUUCCAACAGCUGUUCAGGUUUUGUUUUUUACGAAGAUAUAAACAACAAUUUCUAAAUUUUAUUGAAAAAAUGGCCUCAAACAACAUGGCAGAAGACAAUUUUGAAGGCGGCGAUUUUAACUUUGACGACGAUGCGGAUGAUGACCAAUUUGUGGCCACAAAUGCGGGAAGAAAGCGUCUCUUCAGCAAGGAGCUGCGGUGCAUGAUGUUCGGCUUCGGGGACGACAAGAAUCCCUACACGGAAACGGUGGACCUUUUGGAAGACCUCGUGAUAGAAUAUAUCGCGGAGACAACUCACCGGGCCAUGGAGAUUGGACGAACAGGUCGCGUGCAAGUGGAGGAUAUCAUAUUCCUGGUUCGCAAGGAUCCCCGCAAAUAUGCCAGGGUCAAGGACCUGCUGACCAUGAAUGAAGAACUGAAAAAGGCGCGAAAGGCCUUCGAUGAGAUCAAGUAUGUGGGCACCGAGGGCAAGCUCAAAUGACAGCGCCAGAAGAAAGCGCCAUCGAUUCAAGCCACCGGCCAAUCGUAGUUGUAAUGUCCUUAAAAUAUUUUUCACAAAGUCCUGAAAUACAGUAAGCUAAUCCGUAAUAUUAACUAA